GUACCCACGGUGAUGUGGCCCAGUCUCUUGAAUCAUUUUCCUGUGCUGCACCUGCUGCCGGUUGCAACGGUUCAACUAUUUCAUAUUGAUUUCUAUGCCGAAGUUUCCACACUGCUCUGUAUCAACAUUUAUCACUGAGCCUUAGCUUGUCGCUGCAGCAAAUGUGAUGAGAUUCAAAACAUGCGCUUUGAUCCAGAACAUGGGAUUAAAUUUUAUUCCAAUCUAAACCCGCCCGGGAUAAGUUGGCAAGGCCUCAAAGAGGCUCUCGCUCACUCUCUCUGCUACCACUGCCACUAUUCCGAUCACCUUCGGCGUCUCCACGCCCGAAUAAUUUAUUCCGGCCUUGGUCAUAAUCCUUAUCUGUCCAGUCUUUUGAUCACCAAAUACUUCUCUUUCGGUGACGUCCAUUCUGCUCGACCAGUCUUCAGUUCCCACAAGGGGAGACCCACUAAAAGUCUUGUUUGGAACUCUCUCAUCAGAGGCUAUCUGAGAAGCGGAUGGCCUCGGUUGGCAUUAGAUGUCUACCGCGAAAUGGUGACGUUGUCGUUUACGAAAUGCGAGCCGGACAAGCAAACGUUUCACCUUGUUCUCACGGCGUGCGCCCGUCUCUCGGAAUUCGAGUUGGGCUACCAAGUUGCUGACCUCGCUCGAACUAAAGGGCUACAGGAUGAUCUCCUUGUUGGGACGGCGCUGGUUGGUCUGUGGUCUAAAGCUGGUGACCUUGAAACUGCGCGCAAGUUGUUUGAUAAAAUGGCUGUUAGAGAUGCCGUGUCUUGGAAUGCCAUGAUCUCGGGGUAUUCACUGGCUGGACUUCUAUUUGAGGCGAUGGGUUUGUUCAAAGACAUGAGGUUGGCUCGCGGGAUUCCACCAACGGAGGCUACUUUUGUGAGUUUGAUCUCUUGUUGCGCGAGUUCUGGUUCUGUUAAUAAUGGAGAGGCUGUACGUUCUCUUGUCAUUAAGAUAGGCUUCGAGGACGAUCGAUUUGUUUUGAAUUCUCUGAUGGAAAUGUAUAUCCAGUGUGACAGCUUGGAUGUGGCAGCCGAUUUGUUUAACAGAAUGGUAUCGAAGGAUUCCAUCUCGUGGAGUACGAUGGUUGGUGGAUACGUUCAGCAUGAGCAGCCCUCCGAUGCCCUCAAAUUAUUCCAUUCAAUGGUGUUAAAUACUGAGAUUCAACCCACCAGGUCUAUCUUGAUUCAUGUGCUUCAUGCUUGUGCUGAUUUGGGUGAUUGGAAACAAGGUAGAUGGAUCGAAGAGAAGUACUUAGCUAGUGGUAGUAGUGAAUUUGAAACAGAUUCAUUGGUUAUCACUGCACUUAUUUACAUGUAUACAAAGUGUGGAAAGAUGGAGAUUGCGCUGAACUAUUUGGAUAGAUCUGUGCAAGUAAGAGGGGAUGUGAUUGCAUGGAAUGCUGUAAUCAAAGCCUUUUCAGAGCUUGGAGAGGUAGAUAGAGCAGUUGAGCUCACACUCGAAAUGCAAAGGAGAGGCAUUAGUCUGGACAUAGCUACCUUGUUGAUGUUGCUCUCUGUUAUCUCUUUGAUUCCAUCCUUAACUAAAGGAACAGAAAUACAUGCUCAUGUUAUUAAAAGAGGUUUUGAGAUGGAGAGAUCCAUUGCGAAUUCCCUUAUUGACAUGUAUGGAAGAUGCGGAUGCAUCGGGGAAUCAAGGCAGGUCUUUAAUGGAAUUUUAGGGAAGGAUGUGGUUUCAUGGAGUUCGCUUAUAAAAGCUUAUGCAUGGAAUGGAAAUGUAGAGGAGGCUCUCAAUCUUUUCGAGAAGAUGAGGGAGGACAAAAUAAAACCAAACCAUUUCACAUUUCUUGCCAUGUUGUCUGCCUGCAGCCAUUCAGGUCUUGUGGAGAAAGCGUGGGAAAUAUUCAGAUGCAUGAAAGAGAAGUAUUGCUUGGAGCCAGAUGUUGAACACCUCACGUGCAUGGUGGAUAUGUUUUGUCGAGCUGCCCAUUUGCAUGAAGCGUACCAUUUGCUACAAGAUUGGAUGCCAAAGGUUUGCAAAAGCGCUGUUAUAUGGAGCACUUUGCUUAGUUCUUGCAGACUGUAUGGUGAUGUGGCAAUUGGAGAAGCAGCGGCUAGGCAUCUGUUCUACCUGGAGCCCAAAAAUGCAGCCAACUACUUGAUGCUCGCUGAUAUUUAUAUUUCAGCAGGGAGGAGAGAGGAUGCCAAUGGUGUUUUGAGAUUGUUGAGAGCAAGAGGAUUGGAAUGCAGACCAGGUUGCAGACCAGGUUGCAGUUGGUUUGAGGGAGGCUAGACUUGCUCUCUGUCUGCAUGUAUGCGAAGAAAGGACAUGACUGGAUAUCUAGGCAUCAGAUUCAAAAUUUAAUGUUGGGAUAAAAGGAACAUCUUCUGAGAUAUGCAAACAAGUUCAAUUUUAAAGUUUUUAGAGACAUUAUGGGAUUUAGCAAAAAGGAAAACAUACUGCUGAUGAGCGAUAUCAAGAGGAGUCUCUCCUAGCAUGCGAAACCGCUGGCAGAUUGGUAACACUUGGAUCCCCAGGUCCGGCUCAUUUUUGUUUAUGACAUGCCAAUUGGCAUGAUGCGACUCAGAGAUUCACUGCAUACUUGACUUAUUUAAGGGCUGUAUUCCCAUGCCAGUGGUAGAUGGGCUAGAUAAUCAAAUAUCUACAUCUUGAAACUUGCAUCAGAUGAUGAAAAAUGGGAGAGAUUCAGCA